GGGGAUAGGCUGGGAGAAGGUCAGAGAGGUAGGUGCGUGGUUGUUUGUGUAGGGCUUUGUAGGUGAUGAAAGGUCGCUGGUUGGAAUACCCGAGUCGAUGUGUCCUUUGUUCGAACAAUGUUCUGACCAUUGUUCGUUCUGAUAUUAUUAUUUUUUUACCUUUGGAUUACGUGUGUAUUGUUUCGUUUUCUAGAUAUUAUUCCUGCACUGUUGGAGAUAGAAACACCAGCGAUAACAUCUGCAAAUCUGUGUACGCGACCAAUAACCUGAUUUGAUUUGAGCACUUAAACCCUAUUUUAUCCCAGGGGUGCAGUACUACUAUGGCUGACCCUGUAAAACAAACAACACAUUUCACUGCACCUUUCCGGUGUAUGUGAAAAUCAAAAUAAAUAAAACAUUGCCUAUUUUAGCCUAUGCAAAAAACAGACACGAAAAAUAACUCAACAUAGCUACACAUCAACAUACAGUAUGCUGACUUAAAUUGUUUACCGUCGUGCAGAAUCAGGAGCAUCGUGUGACAUGGGAUUCUGUUGGCAGAGCAGUCUCUGCCCAUGAGCAACCAGCCUUCUCUUGAACCUCCACUAUCCCAUAAACCCUUUCGCUAGAAGUCCAUUUGUUCACGAUAGACCCGCGCAACGAAAAGGCAGUUAACAUGUCUGACAAGAAACAGACUGUAGAUUUGGGAUUAUUAGAGGAGGACGAUGAGUUUGAAGAAUUCCCAGCCGAGGAUUGGACUGGGUUGGAUGAGGAUGAAGAUGCCCACGUGUGGGAAGACAACUGGGAUGAUGACAAUGUAGAGGACGACUUCUCUAAUCAACUAAGAGCGGAGCUGGAGAAACAUGGGUACAAGAUGGAGACGUCGCAGUAGCCGCUGAGUCCACACGGCUGUUGAGAUUGGAUAGGGAUGGACUUGAUGUUUUUUAUUUUUAUAACAUCGUACUUUAAAGGGAGGAUGUUUAACAUGCUAAACUCGCACACAUUUUUGUACCGAAACCUUAGCAAGAAUAAGGUGUUUCAUGAGUAAAUCCCCCAUCAGAGUUAUGUAGACAUUAAAGAUGGUUCUGUUCAAGUA